GGUUCGUGAUUCAGUUCCUUCUGUUUGUCCUUCUUUUAUCUUAUGGUUCUGUUUGUUCUGUUGGUUCUGUUUGUUCUGUUUGUUCUGUUGUUGUGUGUGGGUUCAUGAUGACGUGGAUCUUGUGCCGCUCCGCACCUUCUGUCACCGGCACCGACCUGCUCUGUUAAAGACGCUGAAUGGAUGAAUCCUGAAGCAGAAGCAGCUACACGAGCUGAAACAGACUUCUACAGACCAAGGUCCAACAUGAGUGCUGCUCCUUCAUCAGUGGAGUCCAGACUGGAGGUCCUGGAGAGUCACUUCACCUGGGAUCUGGAUCUUAGCAGAGCCAACUCCUUACAUCUCAGAGACAAGCUGAUGGACAUCGGUACCGAGGAGGGAAACAUGUGGCUGGGCCACAUUUACAACCUUCAGGGCUACAUCCACCACCAGCUGGGCCUGGUCCAAGAGGCCCUGCAGUUCUUCACCAGAGCUGCAGAGACCUUUCAUCAGAUCAGAACCAGUGACUCUGAUGAGGGGCCGUGGUUGGUGGUGAACUAUGGGAACCUGGCCUGGCUGUACCAUCACCUGGGAGACCAAGCACAAAGUGAGUCUUACCUGUCCAAAGUCAACGCCCUCAAGACUAAGCAUCCAACUCCAUCGCAGGACCAGCUCCACCCGGAGGUCGGUGCUGAAAAAGCCUGGACCCUGAUGAAGUUCAGUAAAGACAAGAAGCUUCUGGCUGUAGAUUUGUUUGAGAAGGCCAUCAAGAUGCAACCGGACAGGGUGGAGUGGUGCACCAGCCAGGUGUUAGCUUUAGUGAGCGCUCACAAACACAGUGAUACAGCACUGGAUGAUGAGAUCCUGGACAAAAUGAAGAUAGCCAAAGAACGAGAUCCUGAGAACCUGUACCUCGCUGUUCGGUAUCUCAGUCUACGUGCCGACAAAGAAGAAGACGUGAAGGAUGAGGCUCGUGAGCUGGCAGCAAAGAUACUGGUGAAUCCUGUCAGCAGCUACAACGGGAUGAAGGCCAUUCUGAGACUUUACAGAAGAAGUGUGUCUGAUGAUGAAGCCAUUGAUUUGGCAGAAGAGGCUCUGCUACAACAUCCUGAUAAUCGUUACCUGAAAAGAUGUGCAGCGCUUUGUUACAAAUGGAAGAUCGUGUUUUACAAGGAUGGUGCCGUAAAUCAAAGUACCAUCGACAGAGCAGUCAGUCUGCUGAAAGAAGUCAUCCAUCUCUACCCUGAUUCUUCUCUGGUCAAAGAACUGGACCUCGCCAACGUUUAUGCCAAGUCCAAUCACAGUCUGCCUGAAGCUAAGGAGAUCUACAAGAAGCUUCUACAACGUGACCUGGAACCUGCAGAAAGACAGAUGCUGUACCACCAAUAUGCAAAGUAUCUACAUUACGAUGUUGAACACUACAACAAAUCCCUGAAGUAUCACAUGAAGGCUGCAGAGAUACCGCAUGAGUCCUUUUAUAGAACGAACAGCAUCAAAGUCUUAGAGAACACGAGAAGGAGAGGCCGGAACAGAAUGUGUGGAGAGAUCGGAGUGUUUCUGGAGAACCUGGAGGAGUCCAGUCAACCCGCCUCAGCUGGGUAUCAGUGACCAUGUUUCCUGAAGCUGUUGGACUAGAGGUGGAUGAUAUAUAUUGCCUGCGAUAAUAUCGUAGAUGUUGAUUUGACGAUGUGUAGUUUUCCAUCAUGGAGUAUUCACACUGUCUGAAAAGAAAACAAACAGAUGGUGCACAGACGGUAAAGGAGAGGUACAUGAAAGUCCUCAUUGGCCGAAUGCGUGCCUCAGAAGCCAAUCAGCGGACAGGAUCCUAGUCAAUAACUGGAUUAAACAAAGUCAAAUGAACCAGGGUUUAUUUAUACAAAUCAUGUCAGUGGAGAGUCACACACAUUUAGGUUUUUCUAAACAUUUGGAUCCCAAAGGUCAAAGGUUACCUGAAGGAAUGAGGCUUUUCAUCACAUAAGGAGGUUCAACCCCAGACAGAGACCUGGACCUGGACCUGGACCUGGACCGGGUCCAUG